AUGGACUCGACUAGCAAUUUAUCUCUGGUUGUGAGUAAGCAGUACACAAAACGCGCGCUGGGUGGGAGUGACUCGGGUAACGACGGCCACGACAACCAGAAACGGUCUGCCGAACCGUAUUCCGACAACGAAGAGUCACACGCGACAAAACGUCGACGACGCAAUCACGUUACGAAAACCAAGCUCGAAGACGAAAAGGACAACAUGGAUGCGGAUGACUCCGACGAUAAUAUUGCCAGGAGCGUCCACACGCUGACCUUGGAUCAGAAGAAGCCUCAGCGGUCAAUGAGUCCUAGCGGUUUUGCCAACAUCGGAAUGGUGAAGCUUGUACACUGGCCUUCCGGCAGGCUUGUGGCCAUGCUUGACCUAGAAGUCAUCUCCGCUGGGCCUACCUCGUCAUGGGCGACGCUGGAAUAUGAAGUGCAGGCUUUCUGCGACCCUAGCCUUUCACUGUUUGCUCUUGCCACCUGGAACCACAAACUUUCACCUUUUCCAAUUACCAAUUCUUUCACUCCUCCUCCCACCGAACUGCUAUAUCAAUCCAAAAUGCCGGGACAGCCCCAAACUCUGAUAUGGGAUGGCUCGCGCGAGUCUGGGCCAUACAAAAAGCUGUACGAGGACGCAGCAGCCUUGUACGAGAAGAACCGAAUGGAUGAAACCCUCGAGAAGAUAGAGUCCAACCUGUCGGAUCCUUCUCUUCCUUCCUACUAUCGCAUGCAAAACUGCAUCCUCGCUGCAUUUGCCACAUACAGCUGGUCCAGUGCACAUCCUUACGUGACUUCAGCUAAACAAGAGUACGCUAGGAGCCAUGCUCUAGCAGAAAAUCUCGAUGAUCAAGGCUAUCUCAAGGCGCUAGAGGAGAUACGCGAGGAUAUAAAGACACUAGAUGAACGUAGGAGGCAAGACUUUGCAGAUUCCAUAUCCCUAUACCCCACUGCAGAAGACUACGAUGAAUUCGAGCGCAGUGCCUUGGAAGCACAGGGGCUUGGGCUCGAAGACCUUUUGGAUAACGCAGGAGAAGAAAUUACAUGCGAAGAAGCCGGAUGCGAAAUUCCAAUUGAGGGUCAGAAAGAGCUUGCACACAUCGAGAACAUGGCGGGAAAGCAUGCAGAGACCUUUAGCAUUCCAAUUGGUCCAAAGGGCGAAGCUACGCAAGCGCCCACUCUUAGCUUCUUCAAAUUACCUGAAGAGUCGACGGAACAAGACGCAAGCAAACAGUUUGGCUACCAGAAAAUUCCAACCAUUAACAGGAAUGGAGCCCAGCACACUCACCUACACACCAUUGAUGAAGAAGAGGAAUUGGCGAACCCAAUCGACCCACCGAAGUGGCCUCUAGAUAAACGGAUCGAUUGCUUGCUUAAUUUGGCUUCGAGCAUUCCAGAAGGUCAUCGCCAGUAA